AUGGGCCCUCCGUUUCUAAACCUCAAUGAAGAGGUUCAUGCGGACAAUAAAUUUUUGGGAUGGGAGGAAGUCGAGUUUGAUGAUGCAUGUUGGAGGAACGCUGAGAUAAAGACCUUGAAGAGAAAGAUGUCACCAAUGCUAGAUGCAAGGAAACUCAUGCCCAGGCCCAUCCCUCACCUGCCUGAAAUAUCUCAGCAAUUUGAAAAUGCAGUAACAUGCUCUGAAAAUUCGAGCUUGAGCGACUGGAAAAUGCUACUGCAAGACGAUAUACCUUUGAAGUUAGAGGCUGGCACAGAUACAAUCGUCGAAAUCGAAUCGAAUAGCUUGACUACUGGAUUUCUUGAAUUUAGCUUCGAGAUUGACGGCUAUGCAUCUCUUGCACCCAAGAUUGAAAUUCUCUGUGCUGAAUCCUAUGAGAAUGAUAUGGAUAGUGGCCAGCCAAGGUCAAAAGAGGACCGUACGAAUUUCAAGACUGGAAAAUUGUAUGGACCAAUUGAUGCAUACAUCUGUCAUGCAAACCAGACAAAAUGUUAUUACGAACCUUUCUGGUGGCGCACAUUCUGA